AACUGCAGUCUUUUUAUUUUGCUUAUUGUAUCUUGGGAGCUUGUACGUGGGGAUGGGGGGUGAAGAUCAGCAGUCAGCCAAGACUGACCAGAGUUGGGCUUUUUGCAAAAACGUAACUGGGAGUCAUUAUUACCCAUCCCACCCUCCCCCUUUAGACUAGUACUUCCUGGCCCCCGUCUGAGGCAGUCGCUCUCCGGAGCUCUGUCCUUCCCCUCCGACUCCAGGCAGAAACUACAGAGCUGUAAGAGAGGCGCUUGCCAGGGCGAUUCCCAGGCCCCAGAGAUUUAGAUCACAGCCCCAUACCGCUCACUUGGCUUCUAAGGCGUUCGCGUGAGCCCCUAACCCCCUACCGCCACCCCAUCCUCCACACGGCUCGGGGCGCAAGUUGGUUUUAUUGGGAGAGACUUAGACUGGCAAAGACCUUGUGAAUAGAGAGAGGAAUUCAGAGAAGCUGCGAUUUUUUUUUUUUUAAAUCAAGGGAAACGUCUUUAAAUGCUAAGUAAAAGCCCUAACCCGGGCACCUGCGUAUCGGUAGGGGUCACAGGUGGAGAGGUGCGGGACGCCUGGAGUUCAGAAGUCCAGACCGGGUGGGAAGGUCUGAGUAAGGAGCCGCCCACAAGGAGCUCCAAGUUCAGGGCGGGGUUGUGGAGUCGCUCUGGUGGAAAGACUCAUCCGAAAGCAAACGAGCCUGAGUCAGCGCUGCCCUAGGGGCCCUCCACCCCUGGGGGGCGGGGGGGUGUCACAGAUGGGCCCCGGAGUCGAGUAGGGCAGAAGAAACUGGGCCAAGCUGCACUUUUACCUCGAGGGGCCUCGAGGGCUCUCCGUGUCUCUGGAGACAAGGGCACUACAAGGAUGUAGUGAUGAAGGAUGAAGAGUUCGCCUCCCUGGGGAAGGAGAGGAGAACUCCGUGUUCCGCUGCGGAGCCGGACGCCUGAAUUGGGAGGCGGGAGCAUGCUGGGGCUCCCGGGGCUGCGGCUCCCCCCGGCGGGGUUCCUUUUCCUGUUGCCAUUCCUGCUGCUGCUGCCCGCAGCCCCCGCGCCCCAUCGGGCUUCCUACAAGCCGGUCAUCGUGGUGCAUGGGCUCUUUGACAGCUCGUACAGCUUCCGCCACCUGCUGGAAUACAUCAACGAGACACACCCUGGGACUGUGGUGACAGUGCUCGAUCUCUUCGAUGGGAGAGAGAGUUUGCGGCCCCUGUGGGAACAGGUGCAAGGGUUCCGAGAGGCUGUGGCCCCCAUCAUGGCAAAGGCCCCUCAAGGGGUGCAUCUCAUCUGCUACUCGCAGGGGGGCCUGAUAUGCCGGGCACUGUUGUCUGUGAUGGAUGAACACAAUGUGGAUUCUUUCAUCUCUCUCUCCUCUCCACAGAUGGGACAGUAUGGAGACACGGACUAUUUGAAGUGGCUGUUCCCCACCUCCAUGAGGUCUAACCUCUACCGCAUCUGCUAUAGCCCCUGGGGCCAGGAAUUCUCCAUCUGCAACUACUGGCAUGACCCCCACCAUGAUGACUUGUACCUCAAUGCCAGCAGCUUCCUGGCCCUGAUCAAUGGGGAAAGAGACCAUCCCAAUGCCACUGCUUGGCGGAAGAACUUUCUUCGUGUGGGCCGCCUGGUGCUGAUUGGGGGCCCUGAUGAUGGUGUCAUUACCCCCUGGCAGUCCAGCUUCUUUGGUUUCUAUGAUGCAAAUGAGACGGUCCUGGAGAUGGAGGAGCAACUGGUUUAUCUGCGGGAUUCUUUUGGGUUGAAGACUCUCCUGACUCGGGGGGCCAUAGUGAGGUGUCCGAUGGCUGAGAUCUCCCACACGGCCUGGCACUCCAACCGUACCCUUUAUGAGACCUGCAUUGAACCUUGGCUCUCCUGAGGGGUCCCUCAGGAACUCCCCAGCCCAGAGACCAAGUGGUAGCCUUGGAGGUCAGGCCCUGGUGUGCCCGUGACCACCUCAUCGCUCCCCCACGGCCCCCACCAACCAGGGCUCCCAGGGCCCCUUCCUCCGCUCCUCUGUGAAAUUGGCAAAUCCUGGUUUCCGCCAUCCCGUGUCCUCUCGUUUGGGGCUCGCUGCGGGCUCCCCCCUCCUCUUAAGGCCAAGCUUGGGAAGUGAGGAGCCGGGUUUACUCGUGGCUGCUCCUCGUCUCUGGCUGGAGACGCAGAACCCAGCCCCUGCCCGCCACACGGGUCUCCUUCCAGGCCACUCAGGACAUUUGUAGCUUCUGUUUUCCCCAUGUUCCCUGUUCGUCUGAACUCCCCUGUUGUGAGCCCUCCCAUCCCCCAGGAAGGACCACCCAUGAGAGUGGGGUUCUGAGGCUCCCCUAUGGGGACAUUUCCGUUCUUGAAGUGUCAGUGUUGGGGAAUAUCUGUGGCCUGUGAGGCCCAUCUCAGGUUUGGGGAUCCCCCAGUCCCUAUGUUCAGUAUUGGGGUGCCCUUGGGGAGCCCAGUUUCUUUGAGGCUCCAGCCCCUCUUUUAGCUACCCUUGAAUGGGUGUUACCCCUGUAUUUAUGGAAAUAAAGUUCCAUUUACUCAG